UGAGAAGACGAGAAACCAAUUUUCAGGUAAUUCAGCAGUGUCAAGUGUUCCUCGCCUGUUCCCGCCCCGGUACCAACUGACCGCAGAACCCGGACUCAAAAACCUGGUGUCCUCGUCCACGCCAUAUCUCUUCUCCGCUACAUUGUAUGUACUGUACAUACGUACUGCUCUCUGGCGGGCCAAAUCAACAGUGGCUUUCACCGCGCGAAACUCCCUUCCACGCGGGUCUGGGAUGCCAGAAAAUGUUUCCCACAUCCACCAGUUCGGGCCAACCCGUCUCGAGUAGAGACGACGAUACUGGAACACAUGAAGGUGUUCCAACGGCGCCUUACCUAUCGCCGCGAAACCUCCACACACGCAAUAGCUGUCCCACCCGGAAACAAGGAAAUGUCCAUUCAGCUGCGACGCAGACUCUGUCGGAAACCUGCGUCCUUCGUCAUGUCAUGAUCAGAUCGAAACUCGAAUACUUGACCCCUCUCCUUCUCCAUCAACUAAUGAAUGUCAUCCCAAUGUUCCCCUGCCACCCCUCGACCGACUUCCCAUCCUCCGACGCAACAUCACGCCGGCUACUUCAACCGUAGCGUGCCAAGACAGAAAAUGCUUCCCUACCGUCCCGCGCCUUUGCAAGCUUCUCCCGAGGUCAUCCGGCGUCUCUGCUGCUAUACUACACAGCAAUCGCAUUAGUGUACUGUAUGUACGUCUGCGUCGCCGCUCGAGUACUGGAUCCACCCCAACGGCUUGGGAUGAACAGCAACCGGGCUAUACAACCACUCUUAAUAUUGCAUGAGAUGGGCCAUCAG